UAAGGUCAGGUCACCAGAGACGAAGGUGGUGGUGGGGAGGGAGAGGGGCAGGGGCAGGUCAAAUGUGUAGUCGCGCCUCGACUCUAUUUCGAAAUGCGCUAGGUGCCCAUGUUGAUAUUUGAGGUCAGUCACAUCUCGGCAUUUUUAUCGUAAAGAGCUUGAGCUCCGAGCCAUGUUUUCAAAACUGAGAAUAUUUUCGGUAGUCAUCUAGGAAUCUCAGAAAAGGUGACGGCGACACGUCGCCAGCUGACCGCUCCAACAAACAAAGGGGCGCACCAGUAAGCCAAACGGCGCCAUAGGCUGAAUAAUGACGUCAAACAGCGCACAAGUGUGGGUGUACCGACAGUGAACCCUGCGCUAACGACGGAAACACGGCUGGAUAUCCAGAGAGACACAGCCGUGAUAGCCAGACAUCAGCACGUCAGUCGACGUCACCGCAGCCUCACGACACUGAACAUCACCAAGUGACGUGACGUCUCAGCGAGCCGUGACGUCUCAGCAAGCCGUAACGUCUCAGAGUACCGUGACGUCCAGCCCAGUCUCUGGAGUGAGCCCCGCUCCCGUCCCAUCGGCCAUGUCGCCGCCGGCGUCUCCGCCGGGCCCGUACUCGCCCCUGCACGAGCCGUGCCGCCGCGCGCACGUGCGCCGCUGUAUGUGUGUGCGUCGCAGCAGCUGUCUGCUGGCCGGUUACACGGUGUUCUACCUGCUGUACGUGGCUCUGGGCGCCUGGGUGUUCAGCUACCUGGAGCAGCCGGCUGAGCAGCGACUCCAGCAGCGGCUCGAGGAAGACGUGCGGACGUUCCUCGCCAGCUACAACUGUGUGCCAGAGGAGAGGCUGGACAUCCUGCUCCAGCACGUGAUCAGGGCCAAUAACCGGGGCGUAUCAGCGUCCAAGAACAUCUCCAGCGGGCCAAAUUGGAGCUUUGGACAGAGCUUCUUCUUCUCGACCACCGUCGUUACCACCAUCGGGUACGGUCACGUGACCCCGCUGUCCGAGGCCGGGAAGAUCUUCUGUCUGGUGUUCGCGCUGAUCGGGAUCCCGAUGACGCUGGUCCUGCUGACCGCCUUCGUGGAGCGUCUGAUGGUGCCCUCCACUGUUGCCCUCCAGUGGCUCGGCUUACGGCUGGGACACGUCUGGCAGCCGUUCAGCAUACGGAUGGUGCAUCUGACGGUCGUCGGCACGCUGGUCGUAUCGUUCUUCUUCCUGGUGCCUGCCGGCAUCUUCUACCACAUCGAGGGCGACUGGACGUUCCUGGACUCGCUGUACUACUGCUUCAUCUCGCUGACGACGGUCGGACUCGGCGACUACAUACCGGGAGACAGCCCGGGACAGACCAACCGGCCCAUCUACAAACUGGCCAUCACAGGUUACCUGUUGGUCGGUCUGGUGAUGAUGAUGUGGCUGCUGACGGUGUUCGCCGAGAUCCCUCAACUGAACCUGGGCAUCUGGUUCCUGCACCAGUCAGACGAAACCACCUCCGACCCGGAAAAAAUGCGCCUGUCGGGCCCGGCCAUUGGCCUCCCCAACUAUAGCGCACAGAGUGGCUCUCUGAAGACUCCAUCUGCCGACCGGUCUACCGAACAAUCGCAGGCCUCCAGUCCCGAUAAGGGUACUCCGACUCACGGACGACGCUAGUCGGGAUUCGGAUCACACAGAGGCCGUAUCAAGCGGUAGACUGCGGUGGAGUGACUCAGAGAGCACCUCCAGCCCAGCAGCGGCGUCCCUGAAUGCGUCUCGGGAGGGACCUCAGGGUGUCCGAUGUGUCGCCUAGCCGCCCCUUCCGGUGAAUUUAGCAUCAAAGAUGACCUCAGCAGCAUGCCUGGGCAAUAACGUUCGACGAGACGGGCAUGUGAAGAACUGAAUAAGUGAGUAUAAGCGGCUCGCAUUCAGCUCUUCAUUCAGGUGUCCUCACACCAACUCGAUGUUGUGUGAGGUGUUCGCGCGACGCCUCGAUAUUCAGCAGACAGAUACGAUCAAUUUCCGACUGCACACCGUCUCAUCACGGCCGAUGUAGGAGUCAGCCCGCGUCUCUGCCGUCUCAGCCCGGCGCGGCGCCUCAUGGCGCUGCCGAUGACUCACGAGCGACUGGAGACACGUCCGUCUUCGAACGGCGGCGGCUGGCAGUGUGUACCCGCUGACCACCCGCCCGCCAACAGACCACCGCCGGCGGCCGGAGCGGCUCCCAGACAGGCACGUAGCCCGUCCCGCGGCAGUGCUGCCGCUAAAUCGACUCCGCCAUGCUAUGAAUGCUAAUCCAAAUCAAAAGAGACUGCGGUGCGCCGCCGGCGCCGUCGGGUUCCGGCCGUCCACCGAAUGAGGGCCACUCAGCUCCGGAAAAUUGUGCCGGAGAGAACGCUCAGUUUCAGCGAUGUGCAUCGGAUGGAAACGAUAUCAAACACGUAACAUAUCUCCGUGCGAAUGUGGGCGGGUCGUGCACGGUUCGUACCAAAGUUACUGUGAAAUGAACAAUUAUAUAGCCAGUGUGUCUGUAUAAUGUAAUUACGCAUGCAUGUUUGUAAAAAAAUAUGGGAGCUCGGACCUGCUAAGGCACGUUUCGGGACCUCAUGGAAGGCUCCUAUUUACCUCGCUGUGAGCGCUGGCGGCACUGUGAUGUAGCGUGAAGAAAGGCGAUUAGGAUGGAGCUGUCUAUAAAUGCCAGUGGCUAAUAGUUAUUGACAUGAGCAAUGACUCUAGUGUGUAACCAGAUGGCGAAUGGUGAGUCAGGCUGCAUUAGUGACUGGCGAAAGGGAUGAGUCUAGCCGCGUUGGUUUCUAAGAAGAAAUGUCUCACAGCGUGGGUCGGCAAUGUCUCAUUGUGUGGAUCUGCAGAAAUAUGAGUCAAUACGUUCCUAGGUUUAUUAGGAGAAAUGCGAGACCAGCUGCGCGGAAAUGUCAUUAGAGAUGCUAGUCUAAUUGUAUAGGUUUAUUAGCGGAAAUGUGAGAGCUAAACGGUGUGGUCGAUGGAGCUGUGAGAAAUGGUGUCCAGUCUGCGAGAUUGUCAGAACUUCCGAGGCACAUGUGUUCCGUGUCCUGUAAACGUGUAUCAGACCCGGAUGUAUUCCCUUGUUAGCUCGCUGGUGCCAGUGGUGCUGGUGUUGGUGUCGGCAGUGGUGUCAGUGUAGAGCGCCGGCGGUCGGGCCGACCGUCCCUCCCUCACCAGUUUCAGUCUGGCCAGACGGCAGCCGCCGGCCGCCGGCCGCCAGAGAAAUAGCCAGUCCAGUUAACUGCGAUAUACUGUUCAUGGAAUGGGGUCGGGCGCGGUCUGCCCGGUCGGGGGCGAGCUGCGCUGUGCUGUGGUGGAGUUUCUCGUACAGGGCCGGCUGGGACGGCCGCCGGCCGACCCUCGGGGCGCGCGGCGCGUCCGGCGUCACUCGGAACUGGUAUGAUAUGGGGCGUCGGCGGGGACCGGACGGCGCGGGCCGUCAGGCGGGACUCGUGUGGUAUCUCGCGUCCGGCCGUUAAUUUCGGGAGACAGGCCGGCGCGGCAGCGCUGACCCUGGGCGACCUUUACCGUUCGGGGCCGGGGGCUACUGUUGACAUGGCCCCAGGUCGGCGCGUCCUCAUUCCCAAGUCUGCCCAAUAGAACAUGGUAGAACGAACCCUUCCCCAGCACACAGUAACAGACAUAUUUCACGUAACACAGCAGAACAUACAUAUUUCGCGUAACAGUGGAACAGACCCGUCCCCAGUUCACGUAUUACACGGUAGCUGAGACCUAUACCGGUCCACAGCAGAGCACAGAAGAAAAGAUUCGUCAUAAACCUACACCUUGAUCACGGCGCAUCAGAAAAGGCUCCCCCCAUCAGGCAGCACCCCACUGUAAGACACUAUAGCACAGUAGAAUAGUUAAGUAUUCAGUUCACAGUCACACAAUAGAUCACUCUCAUUCCCAUCCACGCAGCACAAUAACACAGCCACGAGUAUAACAGACCCGGGCUUCUUCCUUGAAGAAGUGUCUCAGACCACAGGGUCUGUGACUGGACUCUGCACCCUCGUGCACAGGCACCACUGCACCAGCUCCUACGCAGCAAUAGUUCCACUAAUACCUCAUCCGUUCCGGCUCGAUUCUCUGCCGUGUAGCUGCCCACGCUACUCGGGAUGCUGGCUCAAUCACGUCCCAUCCACCCGGGACGCCCCCCCCCCCCGUGGGCGAACGACCCCAUCCCUAGGGGCAGGCCGGUGACGGAGCUAGCGAAUGACUGGAAUGGAUCUGAGAACUUUCCGUGCUCCCGGAACUUGUAAUGGGUAUGGGGAGCUACAGCUAGUGCGACUUUUGGUGGCGCGGUAACUGUUGAAGGAUCCAGCGGCUGUUGACGGGUCUGGAGACUGUUGACGGGCCCUGUAACCCACCGUUGCAUCGUUCACGGAUUCUGUUACCGUUGGCGACCCUCUGGGACCGACUAUCAAGUCUCGCUGUGGUCCGUUGACGGUUCGUAAAAUAGUUGACGGAUCCCUGGUUUGCUGACGAGUCCCAGGACUCCUGGCGGGUCCCUGUGACUGUGACAGGUCUCUGAUCUGCUGACGGCUCCCUGGAACUGUUGACUGUCGCCGCCCACCGCCCGUCGCGGCACGCUCUGACACUUGACUCCGCCGGCUGCGUCCCGCUGCCGCCGCCUCUGUACCCGAUCAAUAGCCACGUGCGUAGGCGGAGGAUUGCCGGCUCUGGCCGAGUCCUGUGGGCCGGCUGUGCUCCGCCGAGAGCGGUACACGGCGGUACACCGCGGUACAGGGGAGUACAGGGCGGUACAGCGAUGGGAUGAGGUACGGAUGGGCGCUGGGCAGCGGAGGGGCGAUGGAAGCGGGUGGGAGUGGGGGAGGGGUGAUGUAUCUUGCGGGCGUUGUUGUGCAUGUUGAAAUGAGACGGAGAUUGAGUUAUAAACAUAUCGUGAA